GUUGAAAAUCGUGUCAAGAUAGUUAAAAGAAGAAAUGAAAAAGUCAAGUCAGUCAAAAAUGUUACGACAAUAUGGUCGGUAGUUUUAAGAAAUUAGUUUAUUUAAAACAAACAAAAUUAACUCCGAAAUCGUAUCAGUUAUGAUACUUUAUCAAUACUUAGCGAUACACGCAAGUUUCGUUUUAUUCGUGGUCGUAAAAAUUGGUUGUAAAAUUCUAGAAAAAUAUAAAUUACCAAUGCACGAAAAAAAUCAUAGGCGUAUCACAGAAAACGAUGAAAAUGGGCAGGAAAUAGUGAAGUGGGUGCCAAAAAAAAAGCACGAAGUUUUGAAAGCGAAAUAUAAAUGUUUGAAAAAAUUAUUUCAAAUCUACGACGCGAGCGUCAUAGGUCUGCUGCCGGAUGCUGCCGCCCUUGAUCCUCAGCCAGAGGAACCGCUACGGAGACAUAAAAGAACUUAUAGAACGAUCGUUGACGCCUCAGCGGGGACAACGCAGAACUCGAGCGUCAAUAUCACGCAAUCUGACAAUGGGGCGACCAUCGCCAGAGCCCUUGUCCAAGAUUUAAAAGUGCAAGUCUCGUCAGCAAAUCUACAAGAUGUGAGAAUCGACACAAAAGACUAUUCAACGCAAGAUUUCAGAGACAACGUUUCAUACAUAAACGAGAGAAACAGACAACUCACUUUGCCCAUACAAAGAGUUCAGAAACGAAAGCCGACUCGAUUCCAAUCCUUCAUCCAUAGACUUCUAGGGAUAAAUUACGAAUCUGCCAACUGUAUUCUGCCAGACGGUAGAGUGUACGCAGCGAGCGACAACAACAUUUUCGGCAUGCGCGAGAAGAGACGACGAAGAGGAUUACAAGUGCGACGAGUGAGAAAUGUCAAGAAGGUCCAUUCGGAAAUCGUUCUCGGAAACGAUCAGAGCCCGUUAAUAUUCUCGCACAUACAAUCCAUCCAGAGAAGUUGCCUGCUGGACACAACGCAACGACAGUGUCCCAUUCUGGGAUGCCACAUGAUAGUUUAUGGUAUUAUCAACUACAACGAUCACUUAAACCUCUGCCAUUUUCCCGAAAAGAAAUUCAUUUGCCACUACUGCCACGAGGGAUUUUGUACUGAACGCGAAAAAAAUGUGCACGAAAAUGAGCAUAUCGGCAUUACGCAACUGUGUAGCAGAACUGCCAAUCCAUCGGAUGUGAGAGUUGAACCGACAAAAGUGAUCCAUGUGAACGAUACUCAAACAGAGACCGAUGUCCCAAAAGUCGAAGUGCCCGAGGAAAAAUUGCAAAAAAUAGUUUCGUUUUUCGAAAGAAUUCAAGAUCCCGACCAGCUUAUCGCCGAAAUUAAGAGGAGUAAAGUUUCUCAUGUACCAGAAAAAGCGCAAGUUACAGAAGAACCAGUAAAAUUGGAAAGUUCCAAAGCUAGCAGAUGCUCCAUCAAUGUGAGACGGAGAUCGCGGGAUAUAAUAUCAACUCCUAGAUCUGAUACAAUUUCGAGGACUUAUUGCGAGACCUUCCGGUGUCGCGUAUGCGGAGAAACCUUCAACUACAGGCACCAGCUAGCUUUGCACACGAGCUUGGAGCACCGUAUGCAGCAGAAAUUCCGCAAGUUCCACAGCUGCGCCGGCAUACUCAGUAGCUCUGACAAGAACCCUUCACCGGCACCAUCCUCAGGCUCGUCCAAGGCCUCCUCCCUAUCGAGUGAUCUCAGCGAAACCUCCGCCAAUAUCGUCUACUACACCUCUACAGAAACUGUGGCAAAGAAGCCCUCUGUGGUCAACGACUUCGUCCACAGAGUCCGCACGGGAUUCUCCUACAAAUGGGAACCGGGAACCAAAAUUAUUCGUGUCUAGCUCUUUUGUCUAUGUUUUGUUUUGUCACUAUAUAAUAUUUUAAAUUCCA